UGGAGUAAAAUUGUUCCGUGAUGGUGAAUUUGUGCGGAACUAUGCUGGCCCGGGAACUGCUGAUGCUUUUAUUUCUUUUAUCAGACAGGAAAUGAAUCCUGGUCCUAAACUACUAAACACAAAAGAAGAUGUAAAUCUAUUUACUGACAAUGAUGAUAUUCAGGUGGUUGCUUUCUUUGGGGCAUUUUCUGCCAAUCUGAAGGAAGCAUACAGACUGGCAGUGGACCGUUUAGGGCAAUCUGUUUUGUUUGGAGCUGUCGAGGACCCAGAUGUUGUAAAAGAGUUUGGAAAGUACGAAGAUAGAAUUGUAAUGUUUAGACCAACUUUUCUUAAAUCUUCAUUUGAGGACCAGAUCAUGAUUUACAAUGGGCCAAGUGAACGUCCAAAUAUAACCCGAUGGAUAAUGGAUGAGUACCAUGGGCUGAUUGGUUUAAGGUUUGUUCACAAUCAACAUCAGUUUCCUGCCCCAGUAGUUCACAUUUACAUCAAUUAUGAUCUAGAAAUCAACCACAAGAACUUUCAUUAUUUGAGAAACAGGUUCAUGGAACAGGCGAAUCAUUUCAAAGGAAAAACCAGGUUUUCAAUAUCCCAGAUAAACGAUUAUAAGGAUGAACUGAAAGCGCUGGGAGUAAAUCCUGAAACUGAAUUUACAAAUUCAGAGAGGGUCAUAAUCAUUGCUUUUGAUAAGUUUGGACAGAAGUUUGUUCUAGACUUGCCAGAGUUCACCUUCAACAGAUUCAAGGGCUGUUAA